GUUUACCUUCUUUUCCGCUUCAGCGCCUCUAUCUGCAUCGCUAUACAUGACAAAAUGCAAUCCGCAAAACCCCCCCGUCCGAAACCCCCAAAUUGGCCGGCUCAGUCUCCCCAGACCGUCCUCCUCCGCAACCUCCAGCUAUUAGAGCUCGACCAAGAGGACUACGGGCCUGGUGCUAUUACUCUGCGCACUCUCUCUCCAUCAUCUCAGAACCAACGCCAGCGGAUGAAGGCGAUCGAAUGGGUUCUGUAUCAACUGGUGGCCCUCUGGGACCCUGACACCGCCCGGGAUAAACUCCGUCCCUUCUUCCCGCCCCUUGAGCCGCUGCAGUCAGUCAACCUGCGUGCUGCCUUGUUCCGCGUGCUCUCCGACCUGAAAAAGAAUGGCGAUCUGGGCCGCGAGACCAUCCUGCGGAAGUCCAUGCUGGAUGACUGCAAAGGCGAGAAAUUCGACGAGCUCUUGGCCGUGUUUUCUACUGUUGUAGUGCGAAAGAAGGCCACUAAACAGCGUACUCCCGCUAUGGAUCUCUGUCUGGCCUCCGGCCUGACCCCUCAAGAGUAUACGCUUCUACUCCCCCUGAUUCUUGCUCAUCGGGCCUCCUUGGCCACUUUGGGGGAACACCGCGAUCGACUGCGAGACACCCACGAGAAAUUCUCGCAGCUUUUAGACCGGAAGAAGGAAGAGCUUGCCUCUCGCCCACCGAUCGAUAAACGGGUCGCUGUCGGCCAGAGCGCUGAUCUAGAGGCACUGGCCCGCGAGACCAAGACAAACUGGCAGGGGAGUGUGGAGUGGGCCGAUGCUUUGCUGUAUGGAGGCCUUCACAGUGGUCAUGAUGCCUUUUUGGAACUCCCAUUUGACAGCGCCUGGUCCCAGGCAAAACAGUCAACCGUCGACGACCUCCGUGCUACCGCAUCCCGUCCAGACCUGGUCAUAGACCUGGAGUCUCGUGUCUUGCGACAGCGGGCCAGGUUACAGCGGUGGCGGCAGUAUGGCGCCUCUCUCAAGCGCUCAGAGUCUCUGUCACCUUCAACAGCUCCCGGGGCGAACCAGCAGACCCUCCCGCUGGUCUUCCGAGACCACCAGACAUUGACUGUUGCCAGCAUCUCCAGGGCAGUCAGACAACCCGUUGACCGGGCAGCAGCUCCUAGUACCAAGCACCAGGCGCUUCUACAGUCGAUCUCCGAGGCAAUGGACCGGAUUAAUGGACCCUCGCCAAAGCGCCCGCAAGAGUCACCGGUGAUUACCCCUAGCCUAGAAGAUCCCGAAGUAGAGCUGGAGCCUGUACCCAACCCAUUAAGCCCAAUCCCAACAAUCCACGCCCCGGAAUCUAUCAAGGAACUCGACAGGUUCGAACCAAGGAAGGAAACCAGCCUUCCACGGGAACCCACCCUCCCAGACUCUCCGAUAGACGAUCCUACGCAUGCCCAGGGAAACAGAUACACUCUGGUUGAGCGCACCCGCAAGUCUAUGUCUCUGGUCCCCCCUCCGCGAGAGCACCACUACCACCACCACCACCACCACCACCCCCGUCCACGCCCUCGCCAGUCCCGAAUGUCCUUCCCCGUGAACCAAUUCGACACGCCUCCAAAACCAGCCCAUCCGCCGCUGUCCGAUUCCCCAAGUCGAGCAUCCACCCCGCGCGACGAGCUAUUCGACGAGCAAGCGGACUACGCGAGCGUGUUCAAAUCCAGACCGCGCAUCGCCUUGAGUCCCGUUACCUCUCCAGCUGUGCAUGUUAGUCCGAUUGGGGACUUUGAUCUCAGUGCCGACCUUGAUCCGGAAGCCGCUGAGGACAUGGACAUGGACAUGGAUAUGGCUGGGGUUGGGGUUGGAUCGCCUCUGGCUUCCAGGAGGAGGAGGACGAUGAGGUUUUGA